AUGUUGGAAGAGGAAGAGUGGAUGAAUUACGAGUUAGCCAGUGAUGAAGACAUUGGGGGAAAUAUGCGAAGUCAUUCAGACAAUGAUUUUUCCGACAGUGAUGACGAGUUCAUCAUAAACAGUGAACAUGAGUCUAACUCAGAAUUAUCUAACAGCGACGACGAAAAUCAAAACGUAUCAGAAGGUCAUAGCAGUGCAUAUUUCUAUGGUAAAAAUAAAUUCAAAUGGGCUAAAACACCACCAGCAAGAAAUUGUCGUGCUAGGAGCCACAACAUUAUCCGAUUACCUUGCACGACUUCGCGCUCUAGACCUGUUGAACCGUUCGAUCCAAAACAAGCAUUCCAAAAAAUAUUUGAUGAAGAUAUGAAAAUGCAGAUACUCACUUGGACAAAUGUAAAGUUAGCAAAUUUUAGAACGAAAUACGAGUCUAGUGAACGACCUGAAAUAAACCAAUGCACUCCACAAGAGCUUGACGCUUUUUUGGCCUUAUUACUUUACUCAGCCGUUUUCAAGUCCAAUCAUGAAGCUAUUUCAUCACUUUUUGCGACCGAUGGGACAGGGCGAGAUAUAUUUCGAAUGUGCAUGUCUUCAACUCGAUUUUACGUCCUAUUAGUAUGUCUUCGUUUUGACAAUCCUGAAGAAAGAAGUGAAAAGAAAAAAACUGAUCCGGGAUGCAUCGUAACAGACUUAAUCACUAUUUUCAAUAAAAAUUCUCAAGCUAACUAUUCAAUUGGUGCCAACGCAACAAUCGAUGAAAUGUUGGUUGGUUUUCGCGGUCGUUGUAAAUUCAAAAUGUACAUCCCAAGUAAACCCAACAAAUAUGGGUUGAAGAUGCAAUGUCUUGCGGAUUCAAAGACGCACUAUGUCCUCAAUACAUAUCUUUACUGUGGCAAAAAUACAGACGGCCUUACUUUGAGCGAUGAAGAACGAAGGUAUCCAAUACCAACGCAAGCAUGUCUUCGAUUAUGUCAACCAAUUCUGAACUCUAAUCGAAAUAUUACAACAGACAACUGGUACACAUCGAUGGAGCUUAUAAACGUUCUGAAAUCUAAAGGUCUUACUCUCGUUGGGACUUUGAAAAAAAACAAAAAGGAAAUUCCCAAAGAGUUUUUACCGCAAAAACACAGACCAGUUGGAUCAUCGCUCUUUGGAUUCACAAAGGAAACUACAAUUGUGAGUUACGUCCCAAAAAAAAACAAAUCUGUAAUUCUUGUUUCAUCUAUGCACCAUGAUAACACCAUUGAUGAGUCAACUAACAAGCCAGAUAUUAUAAUGUAUUAUAAUGGCACUAAAGGUGGUGUUGACACUGUAGACCAAAUGUGUUCAGUCUAUUCCAGUAGUCGCAGAACACGCCGUUGGCCGAUGCCUGUUCUGUAUAGGCUAUUAGACAUGAGUGCUCUAAAUGCUCACAUUAUCCAGCAGAGUCAUGAAAAGGCUUCAAGGAUGACGAGGAUGAUUUUUUUAAAAGGACUAGCGCUACUUUUGUGUGAGCCGCACAUGAGGGAGAGAUACUACAACUUAAGGCUACCAGUACAAUUAAGGUCGAGCACUGGAACACUUCUAAAAAUUCAACAUGCUUCAACAAGUGAUGCCGAAAACUUAACAUUAGAACGGAACAAAAGAAAAAGAUGCUUUUUGUGUCCACCCAAUAAAAGAGCAAAGACGAUACACUUGUGUGGAAGGUGUAAGGAGCCCAUUUGCCUCAAAUGUUCCAAGCAAAUAUGCAAUUGUUGCAUUUAA